UUCGCCUAGUUUUCCAGAUCUGCCUCCUCUAUUUUCACAUUUGUGAUUGGGGUUGAGUGAAGGCGGUUUUGUCACUAAUCUCAGCCGAGUGUUCAAUGAAUGAAUGUGUUCUGUAAGUGGGGGAGCGGCAACCUACGCAGCCAAUGACAGGUUGCCGCUGAAAUCCUACUUGUAUUAAAGGAGACGAGCACUGGCGGCUUGUCAGAGCGGACAAACCCGUUUUCGUCACCGUAAGGUGUUGUCUAACCACACACACACAACGUUCAUGGAUUACGCAGAGCAGCUCGCUGACGGGAGCAAGGCCGUGGCGUUGAGCGGUGCCGGUUCGAGCAGGCUCCCGGUGCCCACUAGCGAUGAAACGGGAGUCUGGUUGAACGGACUUUCGGAGUCGCCGCAGUGGACUGCGCAGCCAAGAGCGGCAACUCAAUGGAAUGAGGAACGGACUCGCAGCACCGAGGAUAAUGAGAUGAACUUGCCGAGCCUGCAAGCUGCGUACUCGGCUAUCCUGAGAGGGCUCGGCGAGGAUCCCGGGAGACAGGGGCUCUUGCGGACGCCGUGGAGAGCCGCCACUGCCAUGCAGUUCUUCACCAAGGGUUACCAAGAGAAAAUUUCAGAUGUUUUGAAUGAUGCCAUAUUUGACGAGGACCAUGAUGAGAUGGUAAUAGUGAAGGACAUUGACAUGUUUUCAAUGUGUGAACAUCAUUUAGUUCCAUUUAUUGGAAAGGUACAUAUAGGUUAUCUACCUGAGAAGCGGCUCCUUGGUCUUAGCAAGCUAGCCAGAAUUGUUGAGAUUUACAGUAGGAGACUUCAAGUCCAAGAGCGUCUCACUAAACAAAUUGCUGUUGCAAUCACAGAAGCUUUACAGCCUGCAGGAGUUGGAGUUGUAAUUGAAGCCACGCAUAUGUGCAUGGUAAUGAGGGGAGUUCAAAAGAUGAACAGUAAAACAGUAACGAGCACUAUGUUGGGUGUGUUUCGGGAAGACCCAAAGACCCGAGAAGAGUUUCUGACACUUAUCAGGAAUUGAAAAUCUUGUCCUCGAUGGAACUUCAUUGGAUGUUCAAGAUCCUUAUAGACAUUCAGUAAAUGUUUUAUAUUGUAAGAGGAAGAGAUGUGGGAUUCGGAAUUUCUUUUAAGUCACAUUAGUUUAAAAACUAAACUCGGACUGUGUACUUGUAUCAAAGUUUCAACUAGACAAUAUUUUAGUUUUAUAACUAUGAUUUUCGAUAAAACAGCAUAGCAUCUGAUACAUAUUUAGACAGUGAUUUAUAAUAGCUAUGGAACUAUAAAGUUUGAUAAUUACAUGAAAUAUUUUCUCCUUCCCUAUCUGUUGUAAUUUUCACAUAGAUACACUAAGUAUUAAGUCUAUUCUACAUCAGUCAAUUAUUUGAUAUUUUUCCCAACACAGUUUGGAUACUUUAAUUUCCCAUGUCAGUAUUCGUUAAUGAUUCUCAUGGCUUAGAGUUGAUGCAGUGAUGAGCAUUGGUCUUCCCUUCCCAGACCACUGCACUCCAUACUGUUCUGUUCUUUCUUUGAGAUUUUUUUCAUCUCUAUAACCAUUGAAAUAAGCACCAGAGUUUACUUAACCAGUAAUGUAGAUCAAUCACCAUAUUUGGCCUGCUAAUUCCAGAAUGUAUCCCAGUUUCCUUUUCUUUAAAAUUUUUAGCCAGAAUGCCUCUACUACAGCUACAACUCUAAUUGGUUCUGAAUGGUAAGCUAUAUGUGGACAAAACCAAUCCAUUUUAGUUAUAUCAUCCUAGCACCCUGUGCUUGAAUCUCACAAUUGUAAAUAUUUUUCAAAUUAUUAUUUCAAAACUUUUCAGACUAAAUUCUUCUGAACAUUAAAAGCCCUAGGGAACAGCUGUGUCCCCUUUGUCACUGUGACUAAACGUGGAACUGAUACUUAUGGCAAGGUCUGACCACGUCUGCAAAACGGUGAAUCUCAAGGUUGUACAUGGUAUACAUAUUUUGAUAAUAAAUUUCAAGUUUGAACUUUAAAUUUUGCUAAUAUAAUUCAAUAUAGUAUUGUUUUUCCAUAGAUAUUAUAACUUGAAAAUGGCCUAGUCAUGGUUUCUUUUAGAGGUCCAAAAAUAUAUUGAUUACCGUCUUGAAAUUAUUCACAGCCCUCUGGAAUACAGAAUUUUAGAAGUACAAGCCGUGAAGAAAUUUCUCAAUUACAUUCCGAAAUGCCUGAGCAUUUAAAGGGAGACUCUGCUAUUUAGUUACAAGUUCUUCAGUGAGGGUAAGCAGCCUCUCACCACCAACCCUGUUAAAAUCUCGUAAACUUUUAUAAAUGAAUGAGCUUGAUUCUUAUUCUACUCGCCUCCACUGAGUAUUGUGCAAAACAUUUGUGCUCAGGAACUACCCUCUCAUCCCAGGAAUUGAACUUCUUUCCAAUAUACUGUAUCAAAUGCAAGCACAUCUUUCCAUGAGUAGAGACCAAAACACCUCUGCAGAUGUGUGUUUUCCAAAGCCCUAUCAAAUUUUUACCAAAUUCCUUCAACUACAACAUCUUUAAUUACACCCUUUCAAUAAAGUCCAUCAGUCAAUUAGCCUUUAUCAUUCCUACCUGCCCCUGAACAUAAAGGAUGCAUCACGUUAGUAAAAUAACAAGGGAUGGAUGGGACAUUCAUUUCAAUAUCCUCACUGUGAGUUCCUAAUAUCAUUUGGUCAAUUAGAGGGAUAGUGGGUGACAGAAGGAAAGAAUAUUUUGUUUGUGAAGGAAAAAAAAAUAACAAGUUACAGUAGAUUUGGAAAAGAUCGAGAAAUUGUGUGAAAAAAUAUAUAAUAAUAUGUUAAUAACAUUGACCGAUUUAUCUCAAAUGAGAAUACAGACUGCCAUAUCUUCCAAUAGGAAUAUAGAUAACCAAAUUUGAGACAUUUAUCAUUGAUAAAUGGUUGAGCUUUUAGAGUAAGAAGACAAGUAAGAAACCCUUUUGAUGUAAGGACCAACCGGAUUCCUGUUUACUGAUAAUUCUUAUAAACUAUCCAGUUUUACAGUGUUUAAAUGUGUAUUUAUUCAUUAAAGCCCCAACACAACAGAUGCAACCUUGCAAAAGUGGGGAUUUGAAAUCACAAGUAAUAGAUAUUAAAAAGCUUAAUGAAGUUGAAUAGAAUUAUUUUGAUGCUUAGGGUUAAUGGUAUUGUUAAAUUAUUUAAUGAUUCUAAGUUAAUGUCUUUGAAAAACCAAGUAAAUGAAUUUGUAGAAGGGUGUUAACCAGUUGUAUAUAGUACGGUUUAAAAAUGCACAUACAUCAGUUAUGAUCUUAACUAUUUAUAAAACAGUGAAGGAAAAUUUAUGUCAGAGUAUCAAUAUAUCGUCAGUGAGCAUUUUAUUAAUGAAAUACAGAACUAGUUACUUGGAAAUUAACUUUAUAAUCAUAAUUAUUUUAAAAAUUAACACUGUUCUUCAGCAUAGCCUAAUUUCUAGGUCUGAGAGUGCAAUACAACGUUUAGAAUUUAGGAACCAACUAAUAUGUAUACAUUUAUGUAAAUGAAGGUCUAAAAUGGGUUGUGACUUUAACAGAUACUGUUGUGUUUACCAGGCAACUAAUUCCUCUUAUUUUUCCUCUUGUUAAGUUAAGUUUCAAGGUUGAAGGUUGGAUUUAGGAUUUCAUUUACGUUAAGUAGUUGAGCAGAUAUUUUAUUUGUAAUAAACAAUGUAGCUGUAGAUUUGCUGUAUAUUUCAUUUAUGUUAGGGAUCAGUUGGAAUUUGGUUUGGUUGUCCAUGAUGUGAUGUGCCAUUGACCAAGAUGACAUUGUUUACACAAGCACUGUCUAAUCAUUACUGUGUGAUUUGUUUUUUAAAUUGCACUUAAAUGCCACAGACUUAGUGACAGAAUUAUUCUCUUUGAAACAUGGAUGCAUAUAUCUUUGAUGCCUGUAUUCCAAAAGAUGACUACCUUCACAUUCCCAUUCUAUGACGUUGCAAAACUCAGUUGUACUCAAGUGAAUGAACUGCUAAAAUGUUAUUGUGCAAUUUUGUAUAACGAAAAUUGAAUGUCAUUAAUUGACCUGUUUUGUCAUAUAAAAAAGAACACAGUCAUCCAGAAUGGUACUCAAAUUUAUCAUGAACUCAUUCAAGUAUGUCAAAAUCCAGACUCACUGUAUGUUGUUCUGAGUAUCCCUGUUGGGUGUAUUAUCCUGUCGUUUGUUCACACAAGAAAGUGGCCUUGGACUCUGUAAUGUCUGCAGAAGCAAAUAGAUUUGUUUGUUUUAAUCAUGCUUUUUGUACUUGUUUUGUCUUUUAUUGAAAUGCAUUUGUGGUUUUAAUGCACAUUCAGCACUGUGGUAGUUGUGUCUAAUUAAUAUAUUGUACAUUAGCUUUUAUUAGUUAAUUUAUGUCCAUUAAAUUAUACUUUAAAACUUUAAUUCAGCUUGUGUUCAAACUGUUUCAUUAAAA